UUAAGACUAAAACAAAAAAGUAAACGUAACCGCUCAACUUUCGGAGGCCCAAACAGACCGUAUACACAGAAGCCGAAUUGACGGCUUGUCUGGCGAUUCAGUGAAAACUGCUUGUUCGUUUGAGAAGCCAUUGAAGGUUGAAAUCUUCGACUAGUUUGAACUGCUUUCUGGUGAGAUUAAUCGGAACCCUAGCCCCAAAUUCACGGCAACAAGGACGGCAAGUCGGCAACGAGUACGACUUCCAGGUUUCAUCAACAGCAGUGAUGAACAGUGCACCGGAAGCAGGAACAUCUUCGAAUCAGGUGGAAAGCUCUGAUGUUUCAAAACAAACAACCUCCAAAUAUGUUACCCAAGCAAAGAAACUGAUACAUCGUCGAAUGCUGGUUGGAAUCAAGGACGGAAGGUUCUUUGUAGGAAUAUUUUAUUGCAUGGAUAAGCAAGGGAACAUUAUUCUUCAAGAUGCACUGGAGUAUCGAAGCACCAGACGAUCUUCUCCGUCCCCAAUGGAACAUAGGGGUGUCGGUCUCAUUCUUAUCCCUUUCUCUUGUCGAACUUCUUGUCAUGUGGAUUGCUCCAUUGAAGAACACAUGUCUCUUCUAUCCCUCAAGGAGCAAAAGUAACAAACCUGCUCCAGAUAAGAGGAUUUUAUCCAGUAGUUCCAUGUGAAUUAAUGCGAUGUACUUAGCUAUGAAUUCAAGCUUCUUUGAUAAACUUUUCUGCUUUACAGUAAGUUCUUUUCUUGUUUCAGUAACA